UUGGCGCACUCCCGAUUUUCUCGGUGCAGCGAGUGCAUGCACGCGUGGGGUGUCAGCGCUGAAACGAACUCGGAGAGUGCAACCACUCGUGGAGUGCCGGCCGAAACGAACCCGUUCCACGCUGCGAGUGGGCACGCGUGGGCACGAGUGCCGCGAAACGAACUCGCUAUUAUUUACAUUUUAUUGUCUGAAUGUGGCGCCAUCUGCUGGCGGAAAUAACUCUCCGCAAGAGCAGAGUCGGCAGAGUCGCAGAGUCGCAGCCUGCAGCGUAGGGUCGGUAGGGUGCCGAUUAGUGCCGAUAAUUCUCGUCCGUGAUCAGGCCAUCGGUCGCCCGGUUUUCGGUUGCAGAGAUGGCUUUACGAAUUAUUUUACGGAACGUCGAUACCCUCAUUUUGCAUGGUCGAACAGCGCACAAUGCCCAGAGGUGCCUUUCCACAAGUGCAGCUAGAAAAGCCCGCUUCUACGGCUCGGCAGAGGAGGCUGUCAAGGAUAUCAAAACGGGAUCCAAACUUCUUGUUGGAGGUUUCGGUCUGUGUGGCAUUCCCGAAAACUUGAUAGCUGCGCUGUCCAAGUCCAACAUCAAAGACCUGGUUGUUGUGAGUAACAACGCUGGAGUAGAUGGCUUUGGGCUUGGCAUCCUUCUCAAGACAAGGCAGGUGAAGCGCAUGAUUUCCUCCUACGUCGGGGAAAAUGCAGAGUUUGAGCGGCAGUUCCUCUCUGGAGAGCUUGAGCUUGAAUUUGUCCCUCAGGGCACCUUGGCAGAAAGACUGAGGGCAGGUGGCGCAGGCAUUCCAGCAUUCUUCACACCGACAGCCUACGGCACCCUCAUCCACAAGGGCGGCGCUCCAAUCUGCUACGACAGUAACGGCAAUGUUGCAAUCACUAGUGAGCCCAGACCACACCAAGUGUUCAAUGGCAAGAACUACAUUCUGGAGCAUGCCAUCACCGGAGACUUUGCAUUGGUCAAGGCCUGGAAAGCCGACAAGGCCGGCAACCUUGUGUUUAGGAAGACAGCUUCGAAUUUUAACCCAGUCAUGUGCAAGGCGGCAAAGUAUACAAUUGCAGAGGUGGAAGAGGUGUGUGAAGUCGGAGACAUUCCAGCAGACCAGAUUCACAUUCCUAGCAUCUACGUCGAUGGCAUCUUCAAGGGAAAGAGCUUCGAGAAGAGGAUUGAGAAAAGGAAAACGCGGUCGAAGGCGGAGGGCGCUGCCAAGGACGACACCCGGAGCCGCAUCAUCAGAAGGGCGGCCCUGGAAUUCGAAGACGGCAUGUACGUGAACCUGGGCAUUGGCAUCCCAGUGCUGGCCAGCAACUACAUCCCCAAGGGAAUCAGCGUCGUGCUUCACAGCGAGAAUGGGAUCCUUGGGGUGGGACCAUACCCGACGGAGGAGGAAGUUGACCCCGACCUCAUCAACGCCGGCAAAGAGACUGUCACCGCUUUGCCAGGAGCAUCCUACUUUGGAAGCGACGAGUCCUUCGCAAUGAUCAGGGGGGGGCACGUUGACCUCACAAUGCUGGGUGCAAUGGAGGUGUCGCAAUAUGGAGACCUGGCCAACUGGAUGAUUCCUGGCAAGCUGGUCAAGGGAAUGGGUGGGGCCAUGGACCUUGUGUCCAGCAAGGCUGCCGGAACCAGGGUGGUGGUUACUAUGGAACACUGCUCCAAGGCUGGCAAGCCCAAGAUCAUGAAGGACUGCACGCUGCCGCUGACGGGUCAGCGCUGUGUUGACCUCAUCAUCACCGAGAAGUGUGUUUUUGAGGUGUGCGAGGAGAAAGGCUUGACAUUGACUGAAAUUGCGGAAGGCCUCAAGUUGGAGGACAUAACCAACAGUACAGCAUGUCCAUUUGAGGUAUCGCCCAAACUCAAGCCAAUGCAACAGGUGAACCUCUGAGAUAACUCAAGUGAAAUAUGUGCAAUUUCAAGAACUCUGGGGACCUGCUCGUUCGCAAGGGGUUGCAUUUAUUUUUUUCUCUGCUACGCUAAGUGAAAGAACAUUGGGUGAAAAUCCAUGUUGUGUGUUUCAAGCUGGAGUUAUUUUUAUCUUGUGUUGAUGACCUCAGUGGAGAUUGCUUAUUGCUAAGGGUUUCAUAGCCUCACAAUGGAAAUGUUGGAAUGCUUGCUUUUUGGAGAUGUUAUUUUGUUUGUUCCUGCAGGUCUUUGGUUUGAUUUUCAGGAAUAUGGUGCCAAUACAAACUGUUAAUUUUUUCGGCGUUAGAUAUGAAGAUUGUUUUGUCUCAA